AUGGGUAUCGGGUCGGCUAAAAGGAUCAGCACGCGCGCCUUGCCCAUCAUGGAGCUGGAGGGUGGCACCACUGCCACCACCCACCCAGCGGCAGCUAAUCGCUGGCUGCGCCACUCUGCAGCCGAGGAAGUUGGGGCUGUGGUUCCUUUAGAGGAGGCUGAUACAUUUGCGCAGACUAUCCCACAGCUGCAGAAUAGUCUCACGCACGACAUCGGCACAUCCGACGCCUUCCUACCCACCCUGGCGGACUACCAACGCGCGCGCCGCUCAGCCAAGCCCUCAGCAGCCAGCUUAGAUGGCACCCCCGGUGCCUUGCUUCGCCAGUUUGCGCCAGACUUUAGCAAAAUGUUCUACCCAGUGGUGGUCAAGGCCUGCCUCAGGAUCGAGGAGCCACUGCAGUGGCGAGGGGGGAACGACUGGAACAUCUGGAAGAUGAGGGCUAACCCCUCCAAGUCGUUACAAGAACUGGCGACUACCCUCCACCGAUCAGCUAUGUUCUUCAUGCUACACGCCAUCUCGGCCUUCUACAGGGCUGCGCGGGAGUUGGUCAUGCAAGUGGGCACGAAAGACGUGGACCUCCACCUCAUCCUCUCCGCAGCAGGGCCCCAAGCAGGCGCCAUAGAGGACGGUCUAUACCCAUGCGCCAUGCUUGCAGCCGCCACUUUCAGUGCAGCCGAGGCCAGGACUCUCCUACAGCAGGCAGCCCACGAACUCAGCCCCGACACCUCCCCGGCCGAUCAGGCCCUCUUCGACGAUCCCCCAGAGGAGUCGAUCCAGGACCAGCCCCUCUACGCAGAUCGGCAUUGCAAGUAUCGGCUGCUGGGCUUGCGCAUGGGCUGCCUUGCCCGCAGGCGCGAGGCCACGAGGGCCGCGGCGCACAAGAGGGGUCAGGUGCGCCGGGCCUCCAGGGGCCAGGUGCGCCGGAUCGCGUACGUCGACGGGCUCACCAGAGGGGACGAGAAGGGCCCAGGGUUGGAGGUCAAGUUGGACGUCUACUGCCACCGCGUCACCCCCGAGCUUUGGUUCCAGCAGCCUGGCGUGCGGGUGAAUUGCGACAGGUGCGACCGCUGGUGGCCCCAGUCUGGCGGCAUGAUGGCAGGCGCUCCAGGGGGCUCGCAGUUCGCUCAGAGCCAGUUCUUGUGCAACGAGUGCGCGGCGAUCUCGGAGCAGUGA